AUGGUUGAGUCCUUUGUCGCUCAACUUCGAGUCUUGAACAAGGUUCGAGACGUCUAUCUUUCAGAAUUAAGUGGAACAAAGUGUUAUUUUGCCAUGAAGGUUAUGGACAAAGCAUCUUUAGCAAGUCGUAAGAAACUUCUUCGAGCUCAAACCGAGAGAGAAAUCCUACAAUCCCUGGACCAUCCCUUCCUCCCGACAUUGUAUACUCAUUUCGAGACCGAUAAGUUUUCAUGUUUACUGAUGGAGUUCUGCCCCGGGGGUGAUUUGCAUACACUAAGACAGAGACAACCGGGAAAGCAUUUUACCGAGCUAGCAGUGAAGUUCUAUGUAGCAGAGGUUCUCCUUGUUUUGGAAUACCUCCACAUGCUCGGUAUUGUUUAUCGUGAUCUCAAGCCAGAAAACGUUCUUGUUCGAGAAGAUGGACACAUAAUGCUUUCAGACUUUGAUCUUUCACUCCAUUGUGCGGUCAGUCCGACACUAGUUAAGUUGUCCACAGCCGAGUCUGAUCCCCUGCGAAAGAAUCCGGUUUAUUGUGCACAACCAGCUUGCAUUGAACCCUUCUGCAUCCAGCCAGCAUGUGUUGUCCCUACAACAUGUUUUUCACCACUCUUCUUUUCAUCGAAAUCCAAAAAAGACCGCAAGCCGAAGAAUGAAAUGGGGAACCAAGUCAGCCCCUUGCCCGAGCUUAUUCCCGAGCCGACCAAUGCUCGCUCCAUGUCUUUCGUGGGAACCCACGAGUACUUGGCUCCUGAAAUUAUCAAAGGCGAGGGACACGGAAGUGCUGUCGAUUGGUGGACAUUUGGGAUCUUCUUGUAUGAGCUAUUGUUUGGUAAAACUCCUUUCAAAGGAUCCGGGAACCGUGCGACGCUCUUCAAUGUCGUAGGGCAACCCUUGAGAUUUCCGGAAUCACCUGUAGUAAGCUUUGCAGCAAGAGAUUUGACAAGGGGUUUGCUGGUCAAAGAGCCACAGCAUAGGUUGGCGUAUAAGCGAGGUGCAACAGAGAUCAAGCAACACCCCUUCUUUGAAGGCGUAAAUUGGGCUUUAAUUCGUUGCGCAAGCCCCCCGGAGAUUCCGAGACCUGCUGAGAUCGAACGGAUCCCAGGCCCCACAUCAUCAGCUGGCGAUAAACCUGCUGUUUCUGCUGCCAAGGAUCAGAAAAACUAUCUGGAAUUUGAUUUCUUUUAA